AUGGGAGAUUCACACUGUACCUUCAGGGCUGUGCAAAGUCAUGACUUACCGAGGGCUGCUCUCGAAAACCUGCCCGACGAUUUGAUUAAGCUAGAUGAUGGAACUCAGUUUCUCCAACUAAAGCUGCCAGGCUUAUACGUAUACUACUCGAGAAAGACCUUGCAGAAAGCGGUAGAGAAUGGACUGGUUGCCCUAGUAGCGGAUGGGAUACACAAACUCCCUAAGAAGAGCUUGGCAAAGACGGCCAACUGUAUACCAUUCACGGAGUUUGUAAUGGUGGCAUUGAGAAAGAAUCAGUACGACAAGGUUUUCCGAAUGGUCAAAGAAGAGUUAGUAAACUAUGAUGUAAAUCUUGAACACCUGAGAAUCAUCAUCGACUUUGAGCGGGCAGUACUGGCUUCUAUUAGAACCUCGUCCAAGUUGAUGAGUCGAACGGAUAGAAUGUUAAACUUAGAAGAAGAUUUGGAGCACUUCGAGCAAGGACGCAUUCUGCGGUGGGAUCUCGAUUUUAAGAUUAUUUGA